AUGGACAAACCUUCCACCUCUGCGGCAGCAGACGAUGAACGUCGGAAAUCUGUUCGUUUCCAAGCCAAAAAGGAGGAAAGUGAAGCCGAAAGUUCGUCGGAGAAUGAGGAAGGUUCUGGAGAAGAGUCCGACGAGGACUCGGAAGAAGAGAGCUCAUCCGACGAGAGUGUCGAACUUCCACCACCUUUGGCACCAAAUCGAAGCCGUCGAUUGAAUGCGGGCAAUCGGUAUUCGAAAGUCUUGGCUGAAGAAGGGCAUAAAGCGGAAGGCGAUGAGGUCUACGAAACUCUGUAUGGAGGUUUUAAGGAGGUAGGCCGUUUUUGGGCUCUUUAUUUUUGAUUUUUAGGUUGAAAACGACGAUAAUUUUGAAGCGGACUCGGAUGACGAGAGCGAUGAAGAAAAUAAGGAUUUGGAUGAGGAAGAAGAGCGUGGGGAAGAGGCGGAAACCGAGGAGCAUCAAGGAGACAACGAUGAGGAUCUAAUGGAGCCAAAGAAAAAGGUAUUUCCCUCUUUUGAGCUUUUAAUUUUGAUGUAUCGAUCACUUUACCUUGUAUAAUAUAAAUUUUGUAGAAGAAAAAGGUCGCAAUCCAAAAGAAACCUUCCUGGCUGAUGGCUCAGAUGUCCGAAGACUCCGUCCCGCUAAAUGCAUUGUCCACAGCGGAUCAAGCCCGCCGGCUGAAGGAGUGUAAAGCAAUUGCUGAGGAGAAUCGCCGAUCGCUCGAAGAAAUGUUGAAAAAGCAGCGAGAAGAGAAGGAAAAACAGAAGAUAAAACCUCGAGCGCGGUAUUUACAAGGUCCAAAAGAGUCUUACUACUCGGAUUCAAGCAAGACCUACCUUCUAAAACCUUCGAUAAAACAGUGGAAAGAGGCCCAAGUUUAUGAGCGGAAAUGCGUUGUAACUGGAAAACCCGCCAAGUAUCGUGAUCCACAGACUGGCCACUACUAUUAUGGACUAAAUGAGUUCAAAGAGAUCCGAAAUAAUCCGCAAAAAUAUCCGAUUUUGUAAGUUUUCCCCUUUUUUUGGGUCUUUGUGAUUUUAGGUAUGAAGUUUGGAUAUUUUUAGAAAGAAAACACCGACAGCAGGUAGCCAAGUGAUUGAUAAUCCACCAGCGACUAAGCAGCUUUCUUAUCCAAGCUCCUGGAAUCCCCCAGAGCUUGUUAAAGAGGGUGAAGAUCAGAUUUCGAUCGAAUCCGCGGCAGCCAACACCUUGAUCUGGAUGCAUUCGUAAGUUUUCCCCAUAAAAUGGAUUUUGAUUUGUUUUCUUCUGCUUUUAGGAAGUCUAACGACCAGUCAGCGUCUCCCCCAUCAACUAAAGAAUUGGAAAUGGUCCGGGCUCUCUUCGAUGAUCGACCAAAGAGGCUAGAACUAGCAAUAGAAGAGAAAAAACCAAGUCCAAUGAUUAUACCCCAACCAAGUCCGUCCGUUCGUCGCCCGGUGUACAUUUUGAAGCCGAGAGGAUUGGAUGGAAAUGACAUUUCUGCUCCACAAAGAAUCUCGCCCAGAGCAAUGAAACGGCCAAUUUUCAUAUCACCCUCGGGUCCUGAAGCUAAAAUACAGAAAUUGGGUUAA